AUGGAUCCUCUUUGCUCCUCCUUUAUCUCCACCGCCGGCGUCACCUUUCCCCACGGCCUCCGCCCCCAGUCGGGCGCCAAGGUCCUCCCUUUGAGCCAUCGCUUGCGCCGCACCUCCGCAGUUCUCAAGAAGGAUGGCACCGCUGUCCCGACUUCUUCAUCUUCGCCCACAUAUCCUGGGGGCAAGGAGGCCCUCCCCGCUCUCCUCAGGAAGCUGAUCGAGGCGACUCCCACGUCAUCCCUGGCCGACUCCCUUAGAAAGACCUUCGAAGCGAUCGUCGACAGUUUUAUGGCCCCUACUGCCCCCCUUCCCCACAACGACCCCCGCUACGUCCUCGCCGGCAACUGGGCUCCAGUCGGCGAGCUGCCCCCGACACCUUGCCCCCUUGUCAGGGGAAGAAUCCCCCCCGCCCUUCGGGGCGGUGCCUAUCUCCGCAAUGGGCCGAAUCCCCAGCACUUUCCUCUCGGGACUUACCACCACUUCGACGGCGACGGCAUGCUUCACUCCAUCCUCCUCCCCGGAGGUGGUGACGGCACUGCCCCUGCUACAUUGUGCAGCCGUUACGUACAGACAUACAAGUACCUGGUGGAGCGGGAGGCCGGCAGGAACGUCUUCCCUACCAUUUUCUCAGGCAUCCACGGCGUUGAUGGCCUCGCUCGUCACGCCGCUUUCGCCGCCCGCGUGGUCACAGGACAGACGGAACUCGCCGCAGGCCUCGGCGUCGCGAACACCAGCCUCGCCUUCAUCGGCGGUCGUGUCUUCGCCCUCGAAGAGGCGGAUCUCCCCUACGCCGUUCACCUCUCCCCAUCCGGCGACGUGACCACCAUUGGCCGGUGGGACUUUGGGGGCGAACUCUCCACCUGCAUGACGGCCCAUCCUAAGAAGGACGCCAUCACCGGCGAGGUUUUCGCGUUCCGGUGUGGCGUGGUGCCCCCCUUCGUCACCUACUUCCGCUUCGACGCCGAAGGAAAGAAGCAGCCGGACGUGCCCAUCUUCUCCGUUAGCCAGCCCGGCUUCUUCCACGACUUCGCCAUCACCGAAAACUACGCCCUCUUAUUCGAUACGCAGAUCGUAAUGCAACCGUUGCAGAUGGCGUUCGCGGGUGCCUUUCCCCUCGGCACCGAUUCCGCGAAGGUGCCCAGGGUCGGUAUACUACCGCGGUACGCGGAGUCCGAUUGCGACAUUAGGUGGUUCGAGCUGCCUGGAUUCAACCCGGUGCAUAUCGUCAACGCAUGGGAGGAGGACGGAGGUGCCACCGUGGUACUGGUGGCGCCCAACAUGCUGCCUAUGGAGCGUCCGCUGGAAAGGAUGGAACUCGUCCAGUGCUGCGUGGAGAUGGUGAGGAUCGACCUCAAGAGCGGAGCCGUAUCCCGGACCCCGCUGUCCUCAGAGAACCUCGACUUCGGCGUGAUCAACCCGAACUACCUAGGCCGCCGCAACCGCUACGCCUACCUCGGCGUGGGAGACCCGCAACCGAAGGUGGGUGCCGUGGUGAAGCUCGACAUGGAGAAGAAGGGUGGCGACUGUGUGGUCGCUUCCCGGAUCUACGGUCCCCGGAGGUUCGGUGGCGAGCCCGUCUUCGUACCGGCGCUGGUCGAGGGCGAGGGGGAGGACGACGGGUACCUAGUGACGUACCUGCACGACGAGAACACGCGAGAGUCGAGCUUCCUCGUGAUGGAUGCGAGGUCCCCGGACUUGGAGGUGGUCGCCGAGGUGUCCCUGCCCUGUCGGGUGCCGUAUGGCUUCCACGGCCUGUUCGUCACGGCGGAGGAGCUCCGUUCACAGAAGGGGAAAUCCUAG